AUGGUAGACUGGACAUCCUCCGCAGAGCUCGUCCUCGACGGAGGCGCGUUCACCAAACUGAUCCAUGCACUUCUCGGUCUCUACAUAUGGGAAUGGCUAGUCAGCCUCGACUUCGACCUUGCGUACUUGCUGAGACGCCGACGAUUCCAAUGGCCUCUGGCGUUUUAUUUUCUUGGUCGCUAUUCAAUGUUAAUAGCUCUCGUCGGCGUGGUCAUUGGGCUGAAUGUCACUUCCGAGAUAAACUGUCAAGGGCUGUUUAUUUUCAGUCAGACGUUCGGAAAUCUUGCCAUCGCCAUGUCAGCCACCAACCUAUCCAUCCGAACCAUAGCUGUCUGGGGCCGCUCGCUCUACAUUGUGAUCCCUCUCUCCGUUGCGCUUGUAGUAUACGCUGGGAUUCUCCUCCGCGGCGUCAUUGGUGUAAGAGACAUAUGGGCACCCGGCGCCGGUUGCACUAUCGUAAACUCACAAAUCGUGAUCCUGAGGACGAUCUACAUCUACGGGAUGUCGCUCGAUUUCAUCGUCAUGGGCUUGACCGUUUUCAAGCUUGCCACCAGCGGUGCGUCCAAGACACCGCUCGUCGUGAUGCUGGUCCAGGAUGGACUACUGUAUUUUGCGAUUUCAUUCACCGCGAACACCAUUGCCGUGAUCUUCAUGAUGCUCAACCUCAAUGCUGUGAUGGGUGUUAUUGCUGAUGUACCAGCUGUCGUGGUCAGUUUCACUCUCAUGAUCGAAAUUGCCACCACACUGAUGAUGCCUCUUCACCUAGAUCUGCACGGUAACGUCCUAUCUACUUCAUCAAUCGCUCAUCGAUUCCUUACUCUGAGUUCGGAAUGUCCAGAUUGCUGCUUGCCGUGUUGUUCGCCGUUUGACGAACCGUGGUUUCUCGGAUCAGAGUAA